AUGCUUAUAAAAUCUGAUAAUGCCUCUCAAUACCACGAGAGGUUGGACAUGAUAAGCAAGCACCUCUCAGCUAUGGCAGUCGAUGGGUUUGGAGCUGGAACUCCGGCUCAUUAUGACACGAUUGUGAUUGGGGCAGGCAUUUCGGGGUUGGCAUUUGCUUCCCGAAUCCUCCAGUCGAACGACACAUCGGGCGGAUGCACACCCAGACGACUAAGGAUCCUGGAGGCACGCGACCGCAUUGGCGGCCGUAUAGCUUCCGUUGAUGUCCAAGGACAGCGCCUGGACACGGGGGCCAAUUGGAUCCAUGGCAUAGGUACCCCAGCGCGACCAAAUCCGCUUAUGAGCAUUGUGCCACAAAAACGGUACAGGGCUAUGCAAGGAUCUGUGCUAUUCCAGACACCGGCGGAGGAGCAGAACAGCGAGACUUGCAAAGCAAAUCAGCAAGUCAGCUCUGAGGGAACGGUAUGCCCUGCCGCCACCACCAUGCCCAAGACAACCUGUACCAAUGGCUUGGUGGUUCCGACCUGUAUAGGCCAGCUGAUUGCUUCAUGUCACGAAAAGGCAAUCGCACAAGUGCAAGACCUUGCCGCUGGUCUUCCCGAAAAGGCUGCCAAGUAUGUAUCGAUCUUACAAUCACUGGUGAGCAGAAACGCUUUCCAGAAUGCAUUUGAGGUUGUGCCUAGAGAAUACCACCAUACUUUGGGUUCACUGUUUCAAGGAAUAGAAAGCAUGGAGGCUGCUCCCCUUCUAGCCCGAACUACAGAGCCUCUGCGCUCUGAGAGCAAGCCUGGUGUCGGGCUGUUGGAAUACGCAGUGGACGAUUUUGAUGGCGAACAUAUCGUCCUCCAAGACGGAUAUAUCGAAAUCACCAACGAAAUCGCCAAACCACUUCUCGAGGCUGGCAGCAUAUCAUUCAAUACUGUCGUUACAGGAAUCGCCUGGGGUAGUAACCCUAUUUCUAUCGAGACGACCCGAGGAAACUUUACCGCUAGAGAAGUGGUGUGCACGAUGCCCCUCGGCGUAUUGAAGGAUACCGCGAAAACAGAAAUGUUCACACCCAGUUUGCCAGCCGAUAAGCAAGAGGCUAUAGAAUCUCUUGGCUUUGGCACGCUCGACAAGGUCUUUGCCGUUUAUUCUAAGCCAUGGUGGAACGAUGAGCCCUACAGAUCGAUUAUUACCAGUGGGUUUAUUCGAGGAGACACCCAGAGCGACGACGACAUGCCUGACUCCUUUUUGGGCUUUACCUCAGAGUUGAGCGGUAUCUCUAUCAGUAGCGAUGGCUCUGUCACCCCUGAUGUAUAUCGACUGCCGGUUAUGAAUCUUGACAGUCUCACAGGGCAGCCAGUGCUUUGCGCCUUCGUUUCAUGCAACACUUCUAUCACUGUCGAAGAAAAAGAAGACGAAGACGUUGGCCAGAUCUUCCACCGAGCUCUUACACAGUGGUUUGGCGUUGAGCCCCCGGAGAUAGAGUCCGUUCAUGUCACGCGGUGGGGACAGGACGCUUACUCGAAGGGUUCUUAUAGUCAUAUGAUUACGGGUGUCUCCGAAAUAAGGCAUAGGGAACUUCUCCAAGUGCCUAUGAUAAAUGAGGAUGGCGGUGUCCUGAGAUUUGCUGGCGAACAUUGCUCCCGUGACCAUUUUGCAAUGGCACAUGGCGCUCUACUAGAUGGUUGGAGAGCGGCCGAAGAAUCUUCACAAUAUUUGAAGAUCAACUCUAUGAACUAA